CCUCCCCUCCAGCCGGCCGAGACCUUCCCGACGCUCCGCGCGCGCCCGACUUUCUCCGACCAAGGCAAACGCCGGGCGGACGAGGUGGGGGGUGGGUGGGAAGCGCGUGCGCGCGCACACUGCAACCCCCCCCCCCCCCCACUCCCUCUUUCGCGCGCGGCUUUCCCUGCCGGCGUCGCCGCCGCCGCCGCCGCCGCAGGAGGCCGAGAGUAAGAAGGGGCCGCGGGCUGUGCGACGGCAGCCCCUCACCGGCAGCCGCUCCGGGUCAGGUACCACCUCCUCCUUCUCCCCCACCCCAACCCAGACGGGAUGCGGCAGCAGCGACUGGCAACCGGCAGCCUGCGGCGCACGAGGGGCGGAUGAGGCGGGCUCCGCCCUGCCUCCUACUGGCCGGUGCAGAAUGGAACACGAGGCCUUCCAGCUGGAAAAACAGCAUGUCCAUCAAGUCUAUGAAAGCACAGCCUCUUAUUUCAGUGACUUGGAAGGCAAAGCCUGGCCUCGCGUCCGGCAGUUUUUACUUGAACAGAAGCCUGGCAGCCUGAUUGCAGAUAUUGGUUGUGGGACUGGAAAAUACCUUGACGUCAACCACCUAGUGUAUAAUCUUGGAUGCGAUUAUUGUGGCCCCUUAAUCGAGAUUGCAAGGAACAAAGGCUGUGAAGUGAUGAUCUGCGAUAACCUACACCUCCCUUUUCGGGAUCUGUGCUUCAACGCCAUCAUCUCGGUGGGAGUGAUUCAUCAUUUCUCCACAAAACAAAGACGAAUCCAGGCGAUCCAAGAAAUGGUCAGGGUGCUGGAGCCAGGUGGCCAAAUGAUGAUUUACGUCUGGGCCAUGGAGCAAAAAACCCGACAUUUUGAGAAACAGGAUGUAUUUGUUCCUUGGAACAAAGCUUUGUGUUCCCGUUUGCUUUCAGAAUCCAAUAAAUCCGGGCCCAAAACUAAUACUGCACCCCCUAUAGAAUCUCAUACGACACACUCAAAACCCUCGAUGGGUUCAAAAUGUGGCCAGCCCGGUCCCUUUGAUCAAAACCCCCCUCUGAGAUUGGGUAACUGCCUCUCUGGAUCCUGCUGCGUGAAAAUUUCUGAAGACGAAGAAAAAAGAUUCUACGGUGCCGUGGGGAGAUCUUUUCGUUCCUGGUUUUCCUCCCGAUCUCUUGAUGAGUCUGCCUUAAGAAAGCAAAAUGAAAAGAUGGAACCCUUGAAGGAUGCGGUGGGAUGGACAAGCAACGCCAUUUCCGUUCAGCCCCUCAGGCAUUGCAGCGUAGACUUAGGGUGUCAGUCGGCACUGCUGGAAGGACGACAGCUAGAUCACUAUGACGAUGUGUUUACAAAGUGUGUGGCCUGUAAACAAAUCCAAUGGUUGGCAGCUUCCGGGUCCCUGAGGGGUUUUGACGGGGAGCCGGCUACCUUAGUCCAACACCGCAACGGGGAAACCUCGUUUCUAAGGAGUUCUGUGGAAAAUGUCAAGAAUAGCUGUAGCCAUCAAAGCAAUAGUCACUCCUUUGCAGGAAAGCCCUUCAAAAGGAUUUCAUCCGUUGGCUCUAGCGAGUCUGUGGUAGAAUCAGCGGUGGCGGUAGGAGACUGUGCGGUUAAUGGACAGGACACCAGAGCCUUUAUGCGCUAUUACCAUGUUUUUCGCGAAGGGGAGCUGUGCUCUCUGCUGGAAGAAAACGUUCCUGAGGUUCGCAUAGUAAGUUCAAGCUACGACCAUGGUAACUGGUGCAUUAUUGUGAAGAAAACAAUACGCAACCGCUGAAAAGUUAGGCUUUCCGAAGCUGCCAUCGAAGGAACGUUAUACAUUUUGCCAGCCUUUUAUCACCUAUUCUGCGUGCACUGGUGCAGUUUGCAUACAAAGAUGCCACUAUGAAAGAAUAGCACUUAACGGUUUGUUGAAAAACAAGCUUUUCUUUUCUUUUCUUUUUUUUUUUACAAAUACCCAUCCUCAGUUGCUUUUUAAGAAAUUUGGGAGUGAGGUGUUUUUUUGUUUGUUUUGUUUUUUAAAAACCAUUUUAUAAAUAAAACUUUUUACAAGUGAAGGAAGGAGACAUUUCUUCAUUUCCCCUCCUCCCCCAUCCCCUGAAAAUACAGGUAGUCCUCGACUUAGAACCACAAUCGAGCCCAACAUUUUUGUUGCUAAGUAAAACAUUUGUUAAGUGAAUUUUGCCUGGUUCUACGACCUUUCUUGCCUCAGUUGUUAAGUCACUGCGGUUGUUAAAACGAGUAAGCGAAGCUGGCUUUCUCCCAUUGACUUUGCUUGUCAGGUGGUUGUAAAAGAGGAUCAUGUGAUCUUAGGACACUGACUCCGUCAUAAGUAUGAAUCAGUUGCCAAGCAUCUGAAUUCUGAUCAUGUGUCCGUGGGGAUGCUGCAAACGGUCAUAAGUGUGAAAACCGGUUGUAAGUCACAUUUUUCAGCGCCGUUGUAA